UGUCAAAACUUUUACGCAAAAGACGCGAGAAACGUAGAAAACAACAUCGUUCUUGUGGGAAAUCUUAUAAUUUUCGCAGUUUUAGCAGAAAAUCAGUGGAAGUAGCGAAUAAAUCUUGUGCAACAGCUGCACAUAAUGGCUGACGAAGGUAACGAGGAUAGCUGGUUAUACGGCAACGCCAAUGCCGACGGGACAAACGGCGAAAAAGAGGGCGAUCAACCUUCUGCGGGAGACGACGACGGCGACGGAAAAGAACAUGGAACGUCAAUGGAUGGCGAAAUGGUGGAAUCGGGUGGCAAGCGGGCAAACAAACGCCCCCGGAGCAGUUUCUCCGACGACGACGAGCACCAUCAGCAUGAUGACAACGCGAUGGAUUCGAGCGAUCUGGUCGGUAAAUCUCGCGGCGGCGAUUCGGGUCGGAGGGAAGACGAUUUUCAUGGGGAGGAAGAUUCACAUCUUCAGGAGGACGAAAGCCACGACCAGGAUCAGGCGGAUAAGCCGGAGAGGAGUGACGGCGAAAUGGACACGGAUGAUAGCGAUGAUGAUGAUGAUAUUAACGUCGUCAUUGGGGAUAUAAAAUCGGGACCAAGUUAUAACAUCAUUAAGCAACGAGGUCCGAUAGUUCCUCCGCAGGUGGCACAGGCAGCUCCCGGACAGGACAAGGCCAAGCAGCCGGCCGGGAAGUUUAGCAUAGAGGAGUUUGAGAGCGUUGGAACUAUUAAUGGCGUUCCAGCACACGAGUUCAGCAUAGAUUCCUUGGACGAGAAACCUUGGCGAAAGCCAGGAGCGGAUAUUACGGAUUAUUUUAACUACGGUUUUAAUGAGGAGACAUGGAGAGCUUACUGUGAGCGUCAGAAGCGUAUGCGUAUGCACGAGAGCGGCGUCGGUUUGCAGGGAUUGACCAUCAAUAAUCCGCAGGCGGCACAAGCACAGAACAAUUGGAGACAAGGUCCGCCGCCUCCAAGGAAGAUGAUGAACAACGGAAUCGACGUCAUUGGCGGAAUGGCCAUGCAUCCUCGACCCGAGCCGCAAGACAUGAUGCCACGUCAUCCGAAGGAAAACAUCAUUCAGGUCAUGACUGCCGACCGACGCGAGUACAGUCGAACUUCCAAGUUCGAUUCUCCGAUGGGGCCGCCUCCGUUCGGUGCCCCUCCGGAAUUUUACCACAACGAACCGGACUACGGCGACUACGGAUAUGAACCGACUCAGGAGUCGCAAUGGAACCAGGAGCCCAACUGGCAACCGCAUGGCAUUAAGACGCUUACUCCGGGUCCGCCGCCACCGAUGAUGCCCCCGGGAAUGGGAAUGCCACCUCCGCACAUGGACAUGAUGCCACCGCCGAUGCAACCGGGCAUGAACAUGGGUCCUCCGGGGAUGGGACCGCAUGGAAUGCGUCAUGACCGUGGUGAUCGCGAUCGGGAGCGUGAUCGUGGCGAAAGAGAUCGCGACCGAAGACCGCGGGACCGUGACCGGGAACGAGAACAUCGUCGGGAUCGCGAGAGGGACCGAGAUCGGGAGCCCCGAGAAUCCCGAGAGUCACGAGAGCCCCGAGAGCGAGAAGCAUCCAUUAGCAAGCCGGUUGAACCGGUGGAGAUGAUGGAGCGGUCCCGAAGCGAGAAACCGGACCGGAGCGAGAGGGAUUCCGAAAAGGACAAACAACGAUCGUCCAAGUCCGAUCGGCAUAAGGACAGAUAUCGCGAACGAUCCCGCAGUCGGGAGAAGUCCAAAGCCAGGCGUCGUUCCCGUAGCCGUGACCGUGAACGUCACAGCAGUCGUUCCGAGAAAAAGAAAUCACACCGAAAGGAUAAGGAGGAGGGCGAAUAAAUGAUGGGUGACCGACCAUGUUCGAAACAGAAAAAGAAGCAUUUUCCUAUCAAUGCGGUCAACUGAUUGUAAAGUCAAGACAAAAAAGAAAUGAUAAUAAAUAAUAAAGUUUAGCGUUUAUCCUCCAUCCAACCGGCA